UAUUUUCAGAAGCAAGGCUAAAUAACUUGAAGGCUUUCCAUUGCGCUGGAUUACCCUUUCCACGCAAUGCGGUUCCUUCUUACGAGUCCUUAGAACAGGCGGUUCUUGCCUCCCGUGGCGUAGGAGAUUAGGGUAUCGAACCUAGUGCAUUACAGUAUCCUAAGGCGUCGAGUAGCGACAGGUGGUUCUCGCCGUCUUGAUUUCCCAUGGCGAAUCGGACAGAUCCAAGGGCGCGAACGGUUCACGGCACCAACCCGCAGAAUUUAGUGGAGAAGAUUCUUCGCGCCAAGAUCUAUCAGAACAUCUACUGGAAGGAACAAUGCUUCGGCCUCACAGCUGAAACCCUGGUCGAUAAGGCUAUGGAUCUGGACCAUUUCGGAGGAACGUUCGGAGGAAAUCGCAAACCUACCCCUUUCAUGUGUCUGAUUCUCAAGAUGCUACAGAUUCAACCGGAGAAGGAGAUUGUGGUUGAGUUCAUAAAAAACUCCGAUUACAAGUACGUGCGGCUGCUCGGGGCGUUCUACCUGCGGCUGGUGGGGAAGCCCAUGGAUGUGUACCAGUACUUGGAGCCGCUGUACAACGACUACCGGAAAGUGCGGCGGAAACUGGACAGUGGAAGCUAUGUGUUGUCACAUGUGGACGAGUUCAUUGAGGAGCUUCUCACACUCGACUCCAGUUGCGACAUUGCGUUGCCUCGCAUACCUCGAAGGUGGACGUUGGAAGCAGCAGGGCAGUUGGAGCUGAGGAAGAGUGGUCUGGAUUACGACGAGAUGGAGGAGGAAGAGGAAGAAGAGGAGGAGGAGCGGGAACCUGUUCCUGAUAAGGCCGAGGAGAAAGAGCGGUAUCGGGACAGAGACGGGGAGAGAGACAGGGACAGGGACAAAGAAAGGGAUAGGGAUAAGGACAGAGACAGAGACUUGGACAGGGACAGGGACAGAGAUCGGGACAGGGACCGGGAGCGAGACAGGGACAAGGAUCGCGACUAUUCCAGGGACCGGGAUCGAGACAGGGACAGAGACAGAGGCAGGGAUCGAGACAGAGACAGAGACAGGGACAGGGGCAGGGACAGGGAUAGGGAUAGAGAUAGGGAGAGGGACAGAGACACGGACAGAGAUUGGGCAAGAGACAGGGGAAGGGAGCGAGACAGAGACAGGGACAGGGGUAGAGACAGGAGCAGGGAAAGAGAUAGGGGUAAGGACAGGGAGAGGGACAGGGAUAGGGAUAGGGAGCGGGAUAGAGACAGGGACAGAGAUGGAGAGAGGGAACGGGACUAUGAUGGGGAAAGGAACAGAGAUGGUGAUUCGAGGAAGCGUGAUCGAAGGGAUGAGAUGGCUGAUGAGAACAGGGAGAAGAAGACCAAGAAGGAUAAGAAGGAAAAGGCUGCAGACGGGACAGAUCAUGAGGAUCCUGAAAUUGCAGAAGCCAACAAACUUCGUGCAAAGCUUGGAUUGAAGCCUCUUCGUGCUUGAGAUCUCUGGGGGACAAUCAGAUAUGUAGGCUAGGGGUCAAAUGCUUUGCUCGUUUAGAUUGAAUGAUUUAUGUAAAGCCUUUAGUCUUGGAAUUGGUUUACCUUUACUCGACUGU